AGCGGAAGCAAAUUUUACGGAAAGAUCCGAACACCGGCCGAUGAAAGCCGAUAAGCGGCUUCAAGAUGGCGGGCUUUCGGGAUCGCGAAAAACAACAUUUCCCUCUACAAAGUAUUCAAUCUGCUGUCGACUUAUUUAAAGAUCAACUGGAAAAUUCUGAAGAGCCUAAUUUGGCAUUAUUGUCAAUUGUGUUGGGAUGUAUUGAAAAUACACUGACACUCAACAGAGCAGUGUCAUCACGGGACGACAAAGCCAAAGGUUUGGAACCGAUCUUUCCUGUGAUCGAACUUUCUACUGUUGAAGCGCUCUACACUAAAUUUGUGACACUUGUCAAGAGCUCUGUAGAUCUGUCAAACAACACUGGGGAGUAUUCCUCACGAGAGUUAGUGAAGAAGGUGUCGGACGUUAUUUGGAGUUCACUAACGCGCAGUUACUACAAGGAUAAAGCACACCUCCAAUCUCUCUACAGCUUUCUGACGGGAAACAAGCUUGAUUGUUUCGGUGUCGCAUUUGCGGUUGUCGCAGCCUGUCAAGUUCUGCGCCUGAAUGAUGUACACCUGGCACUGUCUGAGGACCAUGCAUGGGUUGUGUUUGGGAAGGACUUUACUGAGUCUGCUGAAGUCACGUGGCAUGGCAAGGGCAAUGAGGACAAGCGAGGUCAGCCAAUCAACAUUGGCGUUACAGAGAAAAGUUGGUUAUACCUGAAUGGCCAGCCGGUGGUGUGCAGUCGACACAUGGAAACGGCAGCCAUUGUGUCCGGGAUAAAUCCUUCUAUAAAUGCCACAAUGGACAGUGUGGAGAUGGGUUCCCUGCAGCAGGAAUUAUUGUGGCUGCUUUAUGAUAAAAGUCACCUAGCAAAAUAUCCCAUGGCUCGGAACUUAGGAGAUUUGGAGGAGAUAUCUACCUCACCUGGUCGGCCUCCACCGUUGGAACUUUUCAAGGAGGCAAUUACAUCAUGCAAGAAGAAUUACAACAACCAGCAUGUCUAUCCAUACACAUAUCUCGGGGGCUUCCUCUACAGGAAGAAACACUACAAAGAUGCCAUACAGGCGUGGGCUGAGGCUAGCUCUGUUGUGAAGAGCUUCAACUACAACCGUGAAGAUGAAGAGAUAUACAAAGAGUUCUUAGAGAUAGCCAAUGAACUUAUUCCAAACAUUGUCAAAAGCGUUGCAAGUGAAUUACACAGAAAUUCAGAGAAUCGUCCACUUCUGCAAGACCCUGAAGUAUACAAGGACAUCUUACGCUUUUAUGACGGCAUCUGCGAGUGGGAAGAGGGAAGCUCCACACCAGUGCUCCACGUAGGCUGGGCACAGCACUUAGUGUUCACGCUAUCCAAGUUUGACCCCCGUGUUCGAUGUUUCCUGGAUGUUGGUGCUUCUGAUGGAGAUGACGAUGACGAAGAAGAAGAGAACCAAGAGCCAAAGGCAAAACGUGAGUCGACACGAAGAGCAUCACACAGUGACGGAACGGGUCCUGUUGGGAGAGGGCGUCGUGGUCGGAAGAAGGCAACAAACGAUGCCGAGACAAAAAUGAUGUGAAAAGUAACGGAAAUGGUCAGUGUGAAUGGUAAGAGUGACGAUGAUCAAAUUAAAUCAACGAUCGAGAAACUGGUUUCCAAAGUCGGAGAAGAAGGACAGAAUGACACUCCUAAUCCCAACAUUGCAGCUUUAGCUCAGGCGUGUAGCGAGUCUAUUCUGAACAAGGACUAUUUAUUGGGAGGGGGUGAGCCAUUCACAACAACAGCAACUGCUAUAGCCACAUCAACAUCCUCCGAGCCCAGAGUAGAAAUUAAUGAAUUUCUUAGUACAAAGUCGAAUGGUACACCCUUCAUGGGGCUGACUGUUGAGACCAUGUUGAAAGCUGAAAGUCCUGCUGACAUGAUGUUGUGCAGAAAGGAAACAGAUACUCAGCCAGCAGCAGAUGACCUUGGGACCAAGGUCGAUAUUCUGGCAAGCUUGGACCCAGUUUCAUUGUCUCUCCGGAGUGAGAAGAUGAAGGGCUUGAAGAAGUUGCUAACGUCGUCGAAGCUGAACACGAGUGCGAUAAAACUGCAGCUAACUGCACAGUCACAGGUGCAUCUGAAACACAGUAAACGUGGAAGUGAAGCCGAGAUGGUGUCUAUGCGGAAAAGAACUAGAAGGGAAUGAACCCUUCCAUAUUUCAGGAAUCAGAUGCUGAGUUGUCUCCUCUUGAACUUGCUGUUCAUUUUCAGUGGAUAUGUUAUCGGUGAUUCGUAAUGUAUAGUGCUCCAUGGUGCAUAUGUGUCGGUUUGUCAGUGUUCAUGUUCAAGUACAAGAAUUAAUUAAAUGUAAUAGUUUGAUGAACGAGCAUGAAUUGAAAGAGGGACUUGCAUCAUAGCUAGGCACCCACUUCUACCGUGUUCCCUUCUUGUAAUCAGUGCAACAUGAGAAACUAAUACAUUGUCUGUGUAACAAGUUUCAUUAGCUAGAUCAAUAUAAGUCAAAUUUCAGUCAGCACAAAAAAACAAAUAAAACCUACUCCUGUUGUACAAGGACUGCAAGUUUGCCGAUGCUUAGUCCCUCUUUGAGACUGCAAGUUUCUAGUGUGAUAAAUGCUGAAAGACCUGUAAGUUUAAAUUCCUAAUUGGGGCCCAGAGAUAUCCUGUCAGCUGUAACCAAUAUGUGUGGAAUUGGUUUCCAGCGCAGACUCUAGUAAACCUUUUUGUCUUUUAUGUAAAAUUUACCACACAUUGUCUUAAUUUGAAAGGAAGCCUUUACAGGCUUCUGAUUUCCAGUUUGUAAGGUUUUGUAAAAGAAAAACAAACAAUUUACCUGAUUUUGGAUGGUCCCAGACAGGAAACACACAUAUUUCAAUUUUGUAAAAAAAAAUAUAUAAAUUUACAGGAAAGAAAGUGUGUAACUAUUUUUAGACAUUGAAUACUUGCAGUGAUGGCCUUCUGCAGAGUUGUACUGUUUAAACAUUCACAGAUCGGUGAGCAUAAAAAAAUCAAAAAUGUUUUAAGCUUCUUAACUAAGUGAUAUCCACCUUAUUUUUACAUUUUAGACUUUUACUUCAGAAUGUGCUAGUUUUCCAAAACUUUUUAUUCAUUGCUGUCUCUCACUUGAAUGUUUUACCAUGUUCAACCCAUCCUGCCAUACUGUAUAUAUCUGUUGCCAUGGUUACAGUGUGUUUAUUUACACAUCUUAGUUGUGAUUGAUGGAGAGAAGGAUCUUGCUCUAUACUCUUUGUCAGUGCUGCCGAGCUAUUUGUGUGUAAAGGAGUAUCUGUGAAACAACAUCAAUAUUUAUACAAUUCUGUAGCAUACAGUGCUUAAGUUACGUGACCUGUCAGCCAAGUCGAGUCAUCCUGUUUCUGAGUGAUGUUGAUGUCUACUUUUACGCAAAUCUCCACUUCACCACUAGCUUUUUAUAUGUUAAGGACGUGGUUCCAAGCAUUUUCAGAUUGAUACAGGAAUAUUUCAUGAAGAAAUCGGUCUUUCUUUACAACACUGAAACAAGGGACAUCACUCUACUUCUGCCAUACGUAGACAUGAAAACCACAAGUGAUUAUCUCCCAUGGCCUUGUGAACUGAUGUUAUUAAUGCAUGCUAUUCUUGUAUCUUACUUGAAUGAAACCCAGUGAUAAGGGAUACUGAUACUUUGAAAACAGUAGCAUUAGUCUUUUGGAAACAUAUCUUUUAAUGCUUCCUUAUCUUAAUUAUUUUCAUAAAAUACAUUUGAAUUUGUCCUGGUGAAUAAAGUUAAGGUAUGGUUACUAUGGUAACAAUGCUGUAGUCAUGGAGAAUUUGAUCCGGAUUGGUGACAAGUGCGGUGCUGACAAGACAGUGUAUAUCGGUUCUUGGUACUAAACAGUUAUUUUCAUUUAGGUUAGGCUGUUAAUGUGCUUCCGGUUAAUUCAUAUAUUGUCCUGACAUUUCCAAGAUUUCAAAGAAAGACAAAACUGUACGUUCAUUUCAUUCUCAUAUGUCUCUCCCAGGACACAAAAAGUGUUUUACAUCAUUUAAGGUUCACAUAAAGAGAUUGACAAAUACAGCCCUCAAAAUGGCAACUAAUGUGUUUUGGAAAACGUCAUAACUUAUUUGCUGAAUGUUUUUGUUCAUACUUGGUAAAGAGAAUGUUGAUUGCAAAAUGAUUCUUCAGUGAGAGGAAAGAGGUAUUGGUGUAAUUUGACAGAGACACACUGUGGACUGUCAUUGUCAUUAGGAAGUUUCUGUUAAUGAAACACUGAAGAUCAAAGAAUUGUGUUUCUUAUGGAGUGUGGGUGGCUGGCUGGCUAAGUAGGUGAGUGAGUGAGUGAGGCAUAUGAACAAUUUUCUGUCAAAAAUUAACCAUAAUCUUGAAUGAAUGACAAGCACCACAGAAUCAUUUGUUUCAUCUUACAAAGCUUUCAUAUUUUCAUCCAAUAAAUAAGUACUUUUUACAAUGUAUUUACUGGCAGCCCAUACACGUAUACCGGUUUGUGAGGUGAAAAAAAGACACAAGUGAAGUCUCAGUUUUAGUUUUAUGGUUUCGAUGAGUGGAGGUAUUGAAUCUUGAAGCUUCUGCCCAAUGAAUAUAAUAUUGAAACACAAAGUCUUAAAAAUCCAUCUUUUACCCGGUUGAUAAAUCUCUCCAUGAAUGUGGGAUAACACCUCCAUAAAGAGUUGCAUCGGGUGACACCCCAUUGUAAAUGAAGGAUGUGUGGCUUCUUCAGCCAAUCAGAAGUCAGCUGUCUGAAACAGUUUGGCCUUGGUGUUUAACCGUUUCUAUUUUGACAAAAACAUCAAAUAUUUCUUUGAUGGAACUACUGUUUUGGUGAGAUGUUGUGACAGACAAAGUGCAGAAAAUAUCCGCAACUGUAUAAUGGCAAUGUGUUUUUUAUUUACAUGUUUAACAUUUUUUAGGUUUAUUUUCAGAUUCAGUAGUCUUAAUGAUUCAUUCUUUUGUACUGAGAAAUUACAGGGAGUGUUUACCUUGAAGACCCAUCAACAAUAUUGGGGCUGUUCUUGGUUAUGAGAAUUUAGAAAUCUCAACAUUGGAGGUGUCGUCACCUGUUCACACAGAGAGGUAUUUAUCAGAGUAAAAGGUCUAAUUUUAAUGAAAUACUUUUAAAAUACUAAUCAUAAGUGGGGACAUUGUCAUAUACAGCAUUGUGUGGGUAAAAAUGUCACCAUCAUAAACAAACUGUUGAUAAAUAUUUCAUUAAUAUUUAUGUUUUCACUUUCAUCAAAUAUACUCAUUCACUUCCGUCUCUUUUGCAUACAAUUUCCAUCUGUUUCUACUCAUGCCAUUUGUACAGGGAAACAGCUUGUGAUCCUUUAUUGUCUUUCUGACAUCUUGUUAUAUACUUGUGAUUGCAGACAUUUUUGUAUUGAAACAAGGGCAUUUUAUUCACAGAAAUUUAAUAUUCUGUUAUGAUUAGUGAAAAUGAUUUUGCCAUGAAUGUAUAUAUAGUCAUUUUGCGAAUUCAAAUUUGAUCCAUAUGAAUGCAUCAAUGAUAUAUAAUGCUACAUUUAAGUUAAGGUCCACCCAAUUCUCACAGGUUAACUAUUGUAACAUGAAAGAAUUGGAUGUCCUUAACUUUUUUUGAGUAGUAUGGUACAUGCCAGUAAUGGUGUCGUGAUUUUGCCAAUCUGGUGUUCACUCAUUUUGUGACCUCACCACUGUACUAUGUAUUUCAGUGUGAACUGGCGCUUACAUUUUAUCGUUCACUUGAGCAAGAGGCUUUUGUGAGCUCUGUGCUGAAUCGUCUGUCAAAACAGUUUGUGAGUCUUUAGUCCUCCGAAACAUAAAUAUGGUACAGGCUCAUAAUUUUGUGUCUUGUAAAUACAAGGGGAUUAAAAUAAACAGCAGAAAUGUACGCAGUUAUAAAACACAACAUACAUACGUAUUUCACAUUGAGCUGAACAAGCGCAACUGAACACACAGGGCACUUAUUGUGAUGUUUUUCGCACUUUGCAGAUUUGACAAAACUGAAUGUAUUGUUUUCCACACUUCGCAGACUUGACAAAACUGAAUGUACUGUUUUCCACACUUCGCAGAUUUGACAAAACUGAAUGUACUGUUUUCCACACUUCGCAGAUUUGACAAAACUGAAUGUACUGUUUUCCACACUUCGCAGACUUGACAAAACUGAAUGUACUGUUUUCCACACUUCUCGCAGAUUUGACAAAACUGAAUGUACUGUUUUCCACACUUCGCAGACUUGACAAAACUGAAUGUACUGUUUUCCACACUUCGCAGAUCUUGACAAAACUGAAUGUACUGUUUUCCACACUUCGCAGACUUGACAAAACUGAAUGUACUGUUUUCCACACUUUUCGCAGAUUUGACAAAACUGAAUGUACUGUUUUCCACACUUCGCAGACUUGACAAAACUGAAUGUACUGUUUUCCACACUUUUCGCAGAUUUGACAAAACUGAAUGUAUUGUUUUCCACACUUCGCAGACUUGACAAAACUGAAUGUACUGUUUUCCACACUUCGCGCAGAUUUGACAAAACUGAAUGUAUUGUUUUCCACACUUCGCAGACUUGACAAAACUGAAUGUAUUGUUUUCCACACUUCGCAGUCUCGACAAAACUGAAUGUACUGUUUUCCACUCUUCGCAGAUUUGACAAAAUUUAAUGCAAUGUUUUCCACACUUCAAAGACUUGACAAAAUUUAAUGUGAUGUUUUCCGCACCUCACAGACUUAACAAAAUUUAAUGUGAUGUUUUACACACCUCACAGACUUGACAAAACUUGAUGUGUUUUUAACACUUAACCGAACAUAGACAACACUCAAUGUAAUAUAUUUCACACUUAACAGACCAUAAGCACCACUCUUCAGCAUAUACGAAACACAUAAUGAAAGUUUUUGACACUUAAUAUACCCAGUGCUUGGUAGUUUGCUCAGCACUAAAGGCAAAAUAUACACGAAGCCACGUUGACAUCUGACAGGCCCUGGAUGAGAAACACAGGCACUCUUCACACGAAGGAAAGAUAACAAUACUUGGACAAACAACUUUAUUACAGUGAGAGUGACGUUUCGGUGUAGGUUCUAACCUUGUUAUCAAGCAAGUGUUAGAACCGAAACGUCACUCUAACUGUAAUAUAGAAGUUGCUCAUCCAUAUAUUGUUAUCAUUCCUUAUUGAUCCAACUUCUAAAUGUCUCUCAAAGAAGUUACUCUUCUGCCUACAAAACAAUCACAACACUUAGUGUCUGCAGUGUGAGCUACAGAACACCAGGGUUGUCCAUUGUUAACUGAAAGGUGCAAUUUGUAAAUACACCUACAUAUAUGAUUGUCGCCAUGGUAACUGACAUCAAUGUUUCCCCAUCAUUUUAUCCCAUACCUUCAAUCCAAGUCCACUUUUAGAGCACAUUACACACCAUUUUCACUACCUAUUCCAUUCUUAAUUGCACUUCUUGACUAUUUGACAAAACAAACCUUGAAAUAAUCCUCUUAUGUAAUAUUUGUUGCCUCUGCUGAAUAGGCUCUAACAGAAAAAGGUACAUGUCUAAGAUUUAUUUUAGCAGGAUAUGAAUUAUCUCCCUUUAACGUUGUGUCAUGCGUUUGUCGGACUUCCGUCCCAUAGCUCCUUGUCACUGUUGAUCUAUGCCAACCCCUGAUGGAGCUCGUUGUUUAUUUGACAAGUGUUAAGUAAUGGUUGUUGAUGUGAUAUGUAAAGUGUCUAUUAAUCUUUCUUUGUUACUCCUGUUUAAGUUCGAGUUUCGGAGUUGAAGUGGCCUUAACGUGGUGUGAGAUAUGUCUUGAUCUACAGCAGAUAUAUGUGCGGUAUAUGUUUUUCUCAUUUGGACAACAUCUUAUAUUACAAAUUCAACAUAUGAUAAUGAAACAUGCAUUUAUUUUUAAAUUUACAUGUUUCCACUUGAGAAGAUAAGCCAUUUGUUUGGAUUUUGAUUCGUAGUUAUAAACAGAGGUUUACAAUAUCUAAAGACAAAACUCACCUGGGCCAAACCUGAAAUAGUUCCUGUUUCAGUCAAUUAAAGUUUCAGUUUUGAGUGUUUAGUGAUAAAACAAUCACCUGUCAUUCCAUUUACUUCCUGAUAAACAGAUGUUGUGUACUUUAAUAGGAGAUCAAUGAUUAUUAUUAUGAUUAAGGAUGCUGCGAGGCUGGUUGUAUGUCGUGAUUGGAAACAAAUAUCAUCAUUACAGCACUGUAUUUUGAACAAAUGAUAUUUACAAAGAAGCUUUGGAAAAAAAGAAGAAAUUUCUCAUUCUCUCAACUAACACAGGACAAGUUUAAUUAUUGUUGUUUUUGGAGUGUGUUUGCAAGUUAUUUACCCUUCAGUGAUCUUGGAACAGUUAACAUUGAUAUAGAAUCAGAAAGUGUUGCAGUGAUGGAAGAAUAUAAAAUAACAUGCAUAUUAAUCUUGAGAAAAGAUAAAUAAACAACUCAAUAUAAUUUAACGAAUAUCCCAUUUUCUAUGAAAAUAAUCUGUCAUACUUUGGUAUUAUACAGUAUGUUUACAAGUGUUAGAACUGCCAACAAAGAGUGCUGUGUAUUUUCUCGUGUUCUUCUGUCUAUUACAAUUGUUUGUUAAAAAAUCAUUUUCAAAAUACUUUUUUCUAUGUGUGACUUGGAGUCAUUGGUUACUUUGACUUUCAAACUAUUUUAACUGACCUUUGUCCAUUGUUUAAUUGAUGCAGCCAUUUGGCAUUUAGUGCGUUGAAAUUAACUUAUUUUUAGACAUUUUUAAAAUCUUUCCCUCCCCUUUGUAUUAUACUUGACAAGACGGUGCUGAUGUAGGGGACAAGAUGUCUGAUAGAUAUGGUUUAUGCAGUAUUCACAUUUUACCCUUGUUUUAUUGUACAGGGAAGUAUUCGCUAGAUGCAAUUAGUGCUGUUGGUUUGGUCAGUGGCAAUGUGUCCAAAAUGCAGGUCAUAUUCUCAUCUGACUUUCAUCAAGGUGACUCUAAAUGUAUUUGUCAAGAUGACCUGAAAUUCUAUUUUUUAAGGCAACACUACAUGUUUUUUUCUUUAAUUGCUUCUUCACUGCAAACAGCUGCGAGAUUGCUGAUGUGGAAGUUAUCAUUCUCUCUUUCUUUACUUCCUGGUUGACAGUUUGUACCGCAAGUGUACAAUUUACAUAGAAACAAACUACUAGUAAACAUGCUUAGAACAUCCUUUCUUUGAGUUACACCCUGUAUUGUACUGAUGUUCAUUUCAUUAUAUGACCUCAUAAGGUCAAGGUCAUCAACUCAACCUGACAUGGCUUUCAUGUACCGGAGGUGGUGAUGUCUCAGAAUUUGUUAAAGAAUUUUGAAUGAGGUACUCUGUUCAUCUGAAACCUGAAACAGUUUAUUCCCCAAAUCAUUUUUUUUUUAUAUAGCGUCUAUUUCCUUGUACAUAUCAUGUUGAUGUAUAUAUUACCUUAUUGAGUAUUUUAUCAUUGAUACAAUGUAAAUAUGUUCAUUUCAAGUUGAAUGCCCACCUGUGAUUGUCUGAUGGUUUUAGCAGUGAAAUGUCUCUCAAGAACACAUUAAACUCUCACACAAAUGUUAUAACAUAUUGAACCCAAUAAGUGCCUCAGUGAAUUAGGUGAGAUUUUGACAGUCCCCCUACCCCUCCCCCAUCUUCUACCCCUUCGAUCCCAUCCCUCCUCACUAGACAUAUAAUGUUUGAAGGAGUAGCCCAGUGGUUCAAGCGUUCAAAUCAUCCCACGGAAGAUGCAGUUUGAUUCCAAGGUACCAUGUGUUAAGCUCACUUCUUGUCUCAUUAUUAUAUAGCAGGUACUGACAAAACACUUGCUUCAAAUACAUUUGGUAAUUGUCAAUAUUUCACAAGAGACUAGUUGCAAAAAAUUAUAUAUAUUUACAAUAAAACUUUUGGUUUGCAGUACAUAAGAUGAAUGUUAUUGCGAAGCAGUAAGAUCUAAAAAUCACACAGUUAUUAAACUAGAAAGUGGCGCUGUAUAGUGAAACCCUGUAAGACUGGUUCCUGUUAAUUCACACAUGUUCACAUGACCAGUUGAACAGUUUGUUAGCUCGUCAGAUUGAUUAAGAAACAUCUAACUUAUUUGUUGCUGAUAAACAAGUACAACCGUCCAAACUGAUGAUAUUUCCAAGAACUGCACCGUUUUGUGGGAACUUAAUUUAACAAACUGAGAUGUUUAUUGGGUUGAAUAUGGUAUAUCCCAUGACAUUUUAAAAACAUGCCAUUUAAUCUGCUUUAAUGUCACUGAUUGACAAUUUGAACUUCACAUAUCAGGAGAAAAAAUAUUAUAUUUUUAACUUUUAUUCAUCAGGAGUAUAUGAGGAUACACUGGUUGAUGUGACUGUCAACAUACCUUCACAUCUUAUAUGUUGAAAAUACAUGAACAUUUCAUAGAUGAUCAGUGUAUCAAGGACAAUCGACACUACAUACAGUAAGCUGUUUAGAGAUUGUUUAUUGUACAGUAUUUUGUUUAUUUCAUGGUGUAGACAUCUGUACACAUUUUCCAUAGGCAUGAGAGAAAAAAUGUUAAGAUUAAGAUAAACGGUGCUUGUUUGGUGUUAUGGUAUAAAUUUACAAUAUUAGAACCCCUUUGAACAACAGGGAGGGUUCCCUUAGAAGCGUUUUGUUUAGCCCAUAAGGAUGUAUAUUUGGAUAUUAAUACAGUACGUUUCUAACAUAUGAGAAAAGGUGAGCAUAAUUAUUUUUCAGUCAUAUCUUCAAGACAGCAAUUUAUUGUCAACCUCUGAUUUGUGUUGGACAAAUCUGGUUUGUAGGUUGGAGUUACCUCCCCUCUGUCAUGUGGUAGCGUUAGUGGUGAGAAAUGUCUCCAGUGAUGUCGUGGGUGCAUGUCGGACGUUUGUGCCAGUUUCAUAAAGUAUAGACUGUUAUAGGAAGUAUCGUUACUGAUUACCAUCAAUUAAUGUGUUGUAGUAGAUCUAGAUACAUCCUCGUUACAUAUGUCAAAAUUUCAUGAAAAACUUCCCGGUUUGUUUUUUAUCAACACCUCUCAACAAAAUCAUGAUACAGGUUGGCAAUACACCUUGAACAUUGGAUGGCCAAAAUGGACUGUGACUGAGGAUAAACAUAAGUGGGUUUCCAAAACCAUUCAUUUGGGUUGGAUUUAAUCUGCAGGUUUGCCUGUUCCACACCUAAUCAUAUGAUUAGCUUGUACAUCAGUGAAUCGGCUAAAACUUCCUGCAUUCACUCAGGGCAGUGGGGUAGCCCAGUUAUUAAAGUGUUCACUCAACACGCCAAAGGCAUGUGAAGCCCGUUUCUGGUGUCCCCCGCUGGAAUAUUGCUAAAAGUGGCGUACUCACUCUUACAUUCACUCUUUUCUAAAUAAGGGCGGUGGGGUAGCCUAGUGGUUAAAGCGUUUGCUCGUCACGCCGAAAACCCGGGUUCAAAUCCCCACAUGGGCACAAUGCGUGAAGCCCAUUUCUGGUGUCCCCCGCCAUGAUAUUGCUGGAAUAUUGCUAAAAGCGGUGUAAAACCAUACUCACUCACUCACUUUUCUAAAUAACAUAUAUUUGAUCAAAAUGAGAGUGAAACAUUUCGAAAACUGUCGAAUAAUUUAGGAGAAUUGUAUUAUUUCUAACAUGUGAAAUUUUAUGGAAUUAUUUCACAAAGGUGCAGUCAGUUUGGUUUGUUUCGUAGAGAGGUGUGUUGGGCAACAUUGUUUCUCAUAUCAUUGAUUUUGUUCAUCCCAAUGUUCAUUUGCAUUUCAAGUUCAACCAAAGAUUUGUUGGUAUAUUUUUUCACAAAUCAUUAAGUAGUUACAGGUUGAAUCAGCCAUUACCUGGUUUAUCCAGGCUGGAGUCAGCACUCACACAAACCUCUGAAGUAGAACUGCUUCAGACAGUAUGUGACACUGAAGAAAGCGUUCAGCUUUUACAGAAAUGAGACAAGUGGGGAAAAUCUUGCUAUAGCAAAUUCAGAUAUGAAUAUUAAAGUAUAGCUUUUCACAAUAUCCUAUAUUUCAUAUGAUUACAAGUAAUUUUUGUUCUCUGUAAGGACAACAAAAUGUCGUGGUUAUAGCCUCUGAAAUUAUACCCUUAAAAAACUACCAUGUUCCGGGGAGUGACCCAAAGUUAGCAGGGAAACACUAUCAGCUCUCAAGAAACCCUAGUGGUUGGAACACCUAUUGGGCUGGCCCAGUGGUUAAAGCGUUCCCUCUUCACGCAGAAGACCCAGGUUCAAUUGCUUACAUGGGAACAAUUUUGGUGGCCCAUUUUUGGUGUCUGUUUCUAAAAAUAAGUCCCUCAUUGAACACGUAAAAAAUAGCUUUUCGUUUUGAAAUACAUGUAAAUGUUUUUAAGAAGCUUUCAUUUCACUGUAUUCAAUGGGUCUUGGGAGAAUUCUUUUACCAAUAGGGUCAGUUUUUGUAACAGGAAAAUUUCAACUUUAUAUUGCUUUCACAUGACAUAAAAACAAAACUUGUGUAAUUACUUCGCCUCUAGAGAUGUGGAAAGUCAAGGUAUCACUAAUUUCCCUUGUUGGUAUAAAUAUGAUUUUAAGAAUCACAGUUCUACAAUUGAAAAAGUCUCAUCUAAAACAAGCCUAUCAGGGUCUUUACUUUUUUUAUGCUAGUCAAAAUGUGUAUCCAGUGCGCCAUAAGUUGCCGAAAGUCUGUUUAAACCCAAUUUCACCUCACCUCACCUGUUUAAACCAAGGGGAGUUUCUCCCAAGGGAAAUGACUCUUCCAUUUUAUUAUUCACUGAUACUACUGAUAUUGUAAGACGUGAUCAGUGAUUAGGGUAACGGGUCAAUGAGUCUGCUACCUGGUACAUCUACAUAUUUUAUCCAUCUCUUAACUAGUACUGUUCUGUCUAGGUUGUUCCAGCACGGGAGGAGAGCUUGUUGGUGUCAUUGUGUCAUCUCUGUCUCAUCUUGAUGUAAUCACAGUCAAAUGUUGGACACUGUACAGAUACCCGGCUUAAUAAAAAGUCUUUACUUUU